CACCAUUCCAAAACCACCCCACGACCUAUUAUUCUGCUGGCCCAGGAACUCAACAAACCAUCAAAUCACAAACGCACAGCAUGGCGCCGAAUCGCUAUGCCACAACCCGUGUGCGACGGUUUGCUGUCGACGGCUGGCUUGUUUGGCGCUGGCUGGGCCGAUCCCUAGCGCCAUAGCGUCAUUGGUCCGCGGGCCGCCCUCUUGCCUUGGUAUGAAACGCAUUCACAGCGUUCAACAAGCUGGCAUUCACUCUUGCAUUGCGUUCCUCCACCCUCCUCUGCCUCCUCCGCCUCCUCCUCCGCCCAACGCUCUGCACCUUACACAUUGUCCUCCGAUCGUAUGCCCAUGGCCUCCGCUUCAUCAUAAACACCCUGUUUACCUGCUCUCUCAACUCAGCGAUCCGUCCUACUUCGGGCCAUCCUCGCCCAGCAUUUCGUCAUGUCUGUCCCCUCACCAGCCAAGGGCGCCCUAUGGCCCAGGGCGACCAGUGUACUGGACUCGGCAAAUGCUGGCGCCGCUCAGAGCAACUUCAAUCAAAGCAUCAAGAAUUUCGCGGCCUCGUUAUCAACAGCUGCUCUCAUUUUUGGCAUCCAAAUGCUGGCCUUCCUGCUCUUGAGCGGCAACUGGAAAUUGAAGCGUUCUAAAAAGGCACACACUCCCACAGAGCGGCAGAGUCUGUUCCAUAAGAUCUAUUACUACAAGACAUCCUUCGUAUCUAAGCGCAAGCGGAUAAAGGAGCCCACCGGCGCCAUUGAAUCAUUCAAGAAUGUCUUCACAAUCAGCGACCGGGAACUCAUCCGAGUAGCCGGUGUCGACGGCUACCUCUUUGUGGAAUACCUGCAAUUCCUGCUCAAGAUCUUCAUCCCCAUGGCUAUCGUCAUUAUGCCUAUACUGCUGCCAGUCAAUCGUGCAGGGGAUGUGCCUGGAGUUUCUGGAUUGGACUCCUUUGCCUGGCCAAACGUUGGCGUCCCGGCGAAGCUGGACCGCCUCUGGGCUCAUCUGAUACUGGCUGUCUGUGUGGUCAUUUGGGUUUGCUACAACGUCUACCUGGCUCUCAGGAAAUUUGUACGGUUGCGCCAGACGAUCCUCACUAUGCCCGAACAUCGGAUCCGCGCUUCCGCCACUACCAUUCUCGUCCAGACCAUUCCUAGGAAGUGGCUCACGGUGGCUGCCCUGGACGCAUUGUAUGAUGUCUUCCCAGGGGGUAUUCGAGACAUCUGGAUCAAUCGCAACUACGAUGACCUCCAGGAGAAGGUCAACAAGAGGACCAAGAUCGCUCGCACUUUGGAAGCGGCAGAGACAAAUCUCAUCAUUCAAUGUACAAAGAGGCACAAAGAGAUGGAAGAGAAAAAGGCCAAGGCGGCGGGAACAAAGAAGUCAAAGGAGGAAAAGAAACAGGAUGAGGCUGCCGAGAAUGAGAGGUUGGCUGCGCAUGCGGACCAAGGUAUUGCCUCUGGAAAUCCGCACCAGAUUGAACAUACUCUACAGGAGGUUCUCGUCGCCGAGGAAGACUCUAGCUCGUCUUCGUCUUCUUCACGUUCCUCCUCUCCCGAUUCUCCUCGAAAGAGCGCGAAGAUACCCAUCCCCCUCGUUGGUCAAGGGUUUCAAGCUGUAGGAGACGGCAUCCUUGAGGUGGGACAGGGCGUCGGGAAGCUUGGCAACAAGGUUGUGGGCGGAUUUCGAGGAGCUUUCGGGUCGAAGCAUGGGCGGGACAGCCAGGAUCCGCCACAAGUGGACGGGGCCAACGAUGUACCAGGCUUUUCGCCGACGAGCGCUGAGUUUGAGGGCAGAGGACAUAGCUCAGAUACAUAUACUGCCCUGCGCGACCCUAGCAAGGAAAAGUAUGACGCAGAAGGGUCGGGCUCGGAACCUACUUCUCCCCGGUCGCCGGUGAACCCACCACCGGAGAAGAAGCCCACUAUUACCAAUACCGCCCUUGCCGUUAUCAAGGAUUCGCCGAUCAAUCCCUUGCGACGCCUUAGCGAUUUCGCCAGUCCCCAGCCGUUCCGUGCCGAGGGAGAGGAGUUUCCACUGGAAGCUGACAGGAAAGAUAACAAGGUUGAAGUCAAAUAUGAUUACCAAGGCGCCUACAACGAAGGGCUUGAGGAAGACGAUGAAACCGCCGUAUGGAGGAAAUAUAUCAGGCCGAAGGACAGGGAAACAAUGCGUGUUCCGCUAAUUGACAAGUCGUGGUGGCCGUCUCUUCCCUUGCUGGGAAAGAAGGUCGAUACGAUCUACUACUGCCGCAAGGAGCUUGCGCGAUUGAACCUCGAGAUUGCAGAUGAUCAGGCACACCCAGAGCGGUUUCCGUUGAUGAAUUCAGCCUUUAUCCAAUUCAACCAUCAAGUGGCAGCGCACAUGGCUUGCCAAUCGCUCAGCCACCACAUUCCGCGCCAAAUGGCUCCACGCACCGUGGAAGUGAACCCGAACCAUGUACUCUGGGAUAACCUUAGUAUGGCCUGGUACAUGCGUUACCUCAGGAUGUUUGGUGUGGUCAUUUUGAUUGUCGCUCUCGUCAUCUGUUGGGGUAUUCCAGUCUCCUUCACUGGCGCCCUGUCCCAAGUCAAGGAACUCGCCGACACUGUGAAGUUCCUCGCAUGGCUCAACGAUCUUCCUACUUGGCUCAUCAGUUUCAUUCAAGGUGUGCUUCCGCCAGCCUUCCUUGCGAUCCUGUUUGCCAUUCUCCCCAUUCUCCUAAGGUUCCUGGCUGGAGUUACCGGAACUACCACAACCGGCGAGCGUGAGCUUCUGGUUCAGAACUUUUACUUCGCCUUCGUCUUCAUUCAGCUGUUUCUGGUCGUCUCUAUCUCGACCGGUAUUACGGCUACGAUUGAGCAGCUGAUCAACAACCCCAUCAGCGUCCCGCAGACACUGGCCCAGAAUCUUCCGAGAGCAGCUAACUACUUCUAUUCGUACAUGAUUCUGCAGGCACUCAGUAUCAGCUCCGGUACGCUGCUGCAAAUCGCCGCCGUCCUUAUUUUGCUCGUCAGCCGCUUCCUCGACACGACACCACGACAGAAGGUCUCUAGAGUCCUAAGUAGGCCAGGCAUUAAUUGGGGAACCAUGAUCCCCGUGUACACCAAUUUUGGUGCUAUUGGCUUGAUCUACUCCGUCGUGUCGCCUUUGAUUAUGCUUCUCAUGCUGCUGACCUUUGGUCUCUUCUGGUUCACCUACCGGUAUCAAAUGAUCUACGUAUCCUAUGCCAAGGCUGAGACGAAUGGCUUGAUCUUCCCCAAGGCGAUCAACCAGCUCUUCACUGGUCUGUACUUCAUGGAGCUCUGCCUGAUCGGCCUGUUCCUUAUCCAAGAUGGCCCGGGCAGUGGUAGGCCUUGCUUGCCGCAGGCCAUCAUCAUGAUCGUCACGCUAGCUUUCACCGUCUUGUUCCAGGUCCUGAUCAACAGGGCUUUCGGGCCCCUCUUUCAAUACCUCCCCAUCACCUUCGAGGACGAAGCCGUCCAACGAGACGAGGAGUUCCAACGCGCCCAGGCCAACCGCUGGAAAAAAGAAGGCGACGAGGAAGACAAGUCCCUCGACGGUGAACUCGAAGCCAAAGAAAAGGAAGAGUGGCGCCAAAGCAAGCUCCUCGAAGAGCAAGACGAAGCCGAGCGCCGCAACUCGCGUGGCUACAUGACCGAGGUACACGACGCCUACGAAAUGAAACAAAUGGAGAAGUCUCGCUCCAGACAGAGUCUCGGUGUUGUUGAUAGCUCCCAUUCCCGUCCCCAACGACAGAGCUGGGCCGACCGGUCGCGCAGUCGUUCCCGCUCCACGGCGAACAAACGCCACUCGCACGUGCAUAAACAAAAGCAAACGGCAGCCAGCAACCCGCUCGAGCGCCUCACGCACGUCGUCCGCACCGGCCUCGGCGACGUCAUCGACGAGGUCCAACGACCUGUGCGGGACAUUGAAUCGCAAGUGCUUCCUUCGGCGAACCUCUUCGACGACAUUGACGACACGCUCGAGGACAUUGAGCCGGAGGCGAGGCAGAAGCUGAUCAAGCGGUCCUUCCAGCACCCCGCGACUCGGGCGAUUCAGCCGUGCGUGUGGAUCCCGAACGAUGCGUUGGGGGUGGCGAGGGACGAGAUUGAGAGGACGAGCCGGUUCAGCGAGCGGAUCUGGAUCUCGAGCCAGAAUGCGUGGGUCGAUGCUGGAGGGAAGGUGGUGUAUAGGGGGUUGCCGCCGGAUCGGGAUCCGUUUGAGAAUAUCGAGGUGUAGAUGGGGUAGGGGAGUGUACAUGUACAUGUACCCGUCCGUGUAGGAUUCCGGGUCUUGAUUUUGCGGCACUUGGAAUGAUGGCUUUUGGAGUUCUUGUUUCCGUCUGUCGUGGUUUUUGCUUGCAUUGCGGUGUUUGGUGCAUGGUGGGUGGCCGGCGGAAAACGGUGGGAGAUACCCCCUUUCCUUCCCUUUUUCCUAUAUCCGCAGCGAGGAGGGUUGCAUGGGCUUCUUCAGCGAGAGGAUAGAUGAAUAGCAUUCAUGAUGUUCUUUCAAUGGGUCGGUAAUAUAUGUAUUGUAUGUACAAUGCAGUAACAGCAGAUGUUCAGACGGGCAAAUAGACAGA